UUCUAUCAUAUCGAUUUCUAAAACUCCUUGAGCGACCCUCGUUUAUAUACGUGCUUACGCUUUCAUAAUAUUUUAACGUUAUUUAUGUAUGGGCCAUAUUCCAGUCGUCGGGGGAUGGCUCGCUAGCUAGCUCGCUCGUAACUCCAUCUAGCCAUCUUCGCUUUUAGUUUUUACUCGGCAACAUUCUGCCACUUCAUUUAUAAUAUUUAUUUUCCCAAUCGGCCGUUUUAAUUUCUUCUUUAUUAAGAGAGUCACGAUAUGUUUCCCUGUUCAUCCCCCCUAUUUGGUUACAUUCUGUUGUCCGUUGCCGGACUGCUGCAGUGGAUACAAUCGAGUACGGGAUGUGCGCCAGCAGCACAUAGUUCACGGUCGACAGCCAGCCUGGAGGACAUGAUAACGGAGAAGUUAUCAUACUAUCGUGAAGACGAUUUGAUAAGUCUUGUGGAGCUGAGCACGAUGCGCGACACGCCGGACUGCGAGGUGCGUCGACCCCGUUUGGGGGACAAUGUGGAAUUCACAUGCCAGACGCCCAAAAAAGACUAUGUUAACAGCGUCACCCUGACGUAUCAGGGCAAACAUAUUUAUAAUACAAGGGAAGCUGUGCCGGCGCCAGAUGAGCCCAACGCCUCAGGUCACAAUUACACCAUCCGCUGGCGACCAAAAGAUGACACCCUCACCUUCACCAUCUACCACAUCGAUCUGCGCUCCAGUGGCGUGAUAAAAUGCAUCACGCUCCCGGUGCAACGGCCGCCCCUGGAGCAAUGUUUCCGGCUGCUGCCCAUGAUCACGCACGCCUAUGAGGUCUUCGCCAGCAAACCAACGCCACUGACCGUCACCGAAGGCCUGCCUGUCGUUUACGUUUUCUGCAGCAUCCGGCUACCCCUGCCGGAGGAUAUCUACAGCAACAUUGACAACCACGUGAUGUGGCGGCACAACGGCCGCAUCGUGAAAGGACCCACGGAAGCGCCGUACUGCGCGGUAAUGCCCAAUGUGACCACUGUGCCCACCGUAUCCACUACGCCCACUGUAACUACUGCCCGACAGUUCCAAUCCCGUCGGCGUCUGGUCCCCCAGCCCUUCUACCAUUACCCCUCUCCCAACAUCCACGGCAAUGCAUGGCGCCUUGAAUACCAUCUGCGGCCCGUCAGGAAGACCGAUGAAGGAUGGAUCCAGUGUUUAUUCCGCCCGCACCGGGAGAUCGACGAGUGGGUGAUGCAGGAAACACAGCUGUCGGUGGCUCGCAAGACCGGCAAGCGCCAUUUAAUGGCAGAUACCGAUCCCGUUUAAUUAUUCACUUAUUUGACGUGCUAUUUACAAUUCCUGAUUUGAAAAUGAAGCGCGAUCGAUACUGUACGUGCAUAGUGUUUAUUAACCCGUCUCUCUGCAGAUUUGCAAUGAUUUUAAUUUGGAAUAACUGA